GGCGGAGCCGGUGGCGGCGGAAGAGCGCGGCCGCGGGACGGGUCCGAGCGGAGAGGUGGCCGAUUGGGCUCCGCUGGGGACCGACAGGUAGAGCGGUCCCUCGCGGGGCCACAGCACGCUCUGGUGGGCGAGAAUGGGCAGCAGCUCGCUGUCCGAGGACUACCGCCUGUGCCUGGAGCGUGAGCUGCGGCGUGGCCGCGCGGGCGUGUGCGGGGACCCAUCGCUGCGCGCCGUGCUGUGGCAGAUCCUGGUGGAAGACUUCGACCUGCACGGCGCGCUGCAGGACGACGCGCUGGCGCUGCUCACCGACGGCCUGUGGGGCCGCGCCGACCUGGCCCCCGCGCUGCGCGGCCUGGCCCGCGCCUUCGAGCUGCUGGAGCUGGCGGCUGUGCACCUGUACCUGCUGCCCUGGAGGAAGGAGUUCACCACCAUCAAGACCUUUUCAGGGGGCUAUGUGCACGUGCUGAAGGGCGCCCUCUCGGAGGACCUCCUCCUCCAGAGCUUCCAGAAGAUGGGUUACGUGCCCAGGGACAACCACCGCCUCAUGAUGGCUGCCCCGCCACCCGCCUGCCAACUGGUGCAAGUGGCCCUGGGCUGCUUCGCCCUCCGGCUGGAGUGUGAGAUCCUGGGCGAGGUGCUGGCGCAGCUGGGCACCAGCAUGCUGCCAGCCGAGGAGCUGCUGCAGGCUCGGCGGGCCAGUGCAGACGUGGCCUCCUGCGUGGCCUGGCUGCAGCAGAGGCUGGCCCGGGAAGAGGAGCCGCCGCCUCUGCCCCCCCGGGGCUCCCCAACAGUCUACCAGACCCCGCUGGACCUCUACCGGGACCUGCAGGAGGAUGAGGGCUCGGAGGAGGCCAGCCUGUACGGUGAGCCCUCGCCGGGCCCCGACUCCCCGCCCCCAGAGCUGGCCUGCAGGCCGCUGCUCUGGGAACAGAGCGCCAAACUGUGGGGGGUCAGGGGCGCAGCCUGGGAGCCCCUGGAGGAGGCUGAGGUGCUGCCGCAGGCCAGCAGCCCACCCUAUGGGGCCUUGGAGGAGGAGCAGGAGCGCGAGCCCACAGCCUUCUCCUUCCUGGCCCUGCGAAGAGAGCUGCUGAGUCAGCCUGGAGACGCGGCUGCCCCCAGAGCCCCAGGGAGCCCCUGCCAGCCCCCCGGCUACCAGGCGCACAGCUGCCUAGCUCCUGGGGCCCUGCCCGCCCUCUGCUGUGAUACCUGUCACCAGCUGCACGCGCCCCACUGUGCUGCCCUGCCCACCUGCCGAGCCGGCCACGCGCUUCGCCCGCUGCUCAGUGAGGGCCAGCGGCGCCUGUGGCUGCAGCGCGCGCAGCUGGACACCCUGCUCUAUGACGGGCCCGGGGCCCAGCCUUAGACCCAGCCAGGCCCUGCGGCAGGGCCUUCCCGAGACCGUUUCU